UUGACCCAUUGCACAUGUGAGGAAGGACUGACUGAAGGUGUAAGCACAUCAUUUCAGAUAUUUAAUAAUCGUACAAAGAAAACAUGAACAAAAAGAGGACUACUACAACUGAGGAAACAGAGGAGAACGAUCCGUCAGAUUCUUCCAAUGUCGAGGAGGAAGAUCAGGAUGAGGGGCCCGCGAAGGCCAAAAGGACCAAGCCCGGAACAGGCGGUGAGGAAGGGUUCGUCCGUCCAGUGAAGAUGUCCCGGGGCGACCUUUACCGGCCUCCCACGGCGGAGGAGCUGAACCAGUUGAAGGAGGCAGAGAGCCUGUUCCAUUGCAGUCUUCUCAAGAUGCAGAUGGAGGAGCUGUUGAAGGAAGUCGCCCUGAGUGAACGCAGGAAGCAGCAGAUUGACCCUUUCGUCCAGAAGAUCACUGAGCUGCUACAUGAUGUUCCUGAGUCUCCAGAGGUGGAGCUGAGUGACCUAUCGUGGUUGUCUGGCGGGGUCAAGGUGCCGUUUCUCCUGGUGCCUAAGGCUGCCAAGGGCAAGUUCCAUAUGGUCCCUCCCGCCUCUAUCAACGUAGUUGGCAGCUACCCUCUGGGCACAUGCACCAAACCACGGAUUGCCAUCGACCUAGCGGUCACCAUCCCUGCUGAAGUGCUCCACCCUAAGGACGCCCUGAACCAGCGCUACCCCAGGAAGAGGGCUCUCUACCUGGCUGGUCUGGCUCAGCACCUGGCCUCUUCCCCCGCCAUCGGGACCAUGAGCUACUCGUGUCUCCACGGCAACCGCCUUCGCCCCCUUCUGGUGCUAACCCCCCCAGGUAAAGACUCCAGCUUCACGGUGCGUCUCCACGCCUGCCCCCCUCCCAGCUUCUUCAAGCCCAGCCGCUUCCACCCCCAGAGGAACAACAUCCGGACGGGCUGGUACACCGGCUUGGAGGCCUCCCAGUCAGAGUCCAGUGAGCCCCCCACCCCCCACUACAACAGCUCCGUGCUGGGGGACCUGCUGCCCCGAGCGCACCUGCAGUUCCUGUCUGCAGUCAGCUCCCAGUGCCCAGCCUUCCCCCAGGGCCUGGCCCUGCUCAGGGUGUGGCUCCGACAGAGGGAGCUGGACCAGGGCACUGGGUGUUUCAGUGGCUUCCUGGGCUCCAUGUUGCUGGCCUAUCUUCUCUCCACGCACAGAAUCAGUAACACCAUGACAGCCUAUCAGCUGCUUCGAAACAGCCUGCACUUCCUGGCUUCCACCGAUCUCACGGUGAAUGGAAUUACCCUGGCCAAAGACCCGGAUUCAACAGCGCCGUCUUUAUCAGACUUCCACAGUGCGUUCCACGUGGUGUUCGUCGACCCCUCAGGCCACCUCAACAUGUGCGCCGACAUGACCACCUUCACCUAUAAACAAGUGCAGCACGAGGCGUCGCUUUCGCUGCAGUUCUGGGACGACCCCACGGUGGACGGGUUCCACGCUCUGCUGAUGACCCCUAAACCCAUGAUCAGAACCGCAGACCACGUGUUCCAGCUGUGUGAGCCGAUCAAGCUGCAGUCCAGCUGUAAGAAGAUGAACCUCCUCGGGGAGCUCAUGGACCACGGCGGAAACUACGUCCAGACCGCGCUCCCUUUUAUCCUGUCCCUCCUGCAACGAGGGCUCGGCCAAAGGAUCCACCUCCUCACCCACUCGCUCUCCCCAGACCCCGAGUGGUCGGUGGAGAGCGAAGCCCCGAAACACAAGAGCCAGCCUCCCCUGUCCUUCGGCCUGCUGCUGGACCCAGAGCACGCCGCCUCCGUGCUGGAGAAAGGCCCCUCAGCCGACAGCCCCCAGGCUGUGGAGUUCCGCCAGCUGUGGGGCCCUCGCUCCGAGCUGCGUCGCUUCCAGGACGGGGCCAUCACCGAGGCGGUCCUGUGGGAGGGAGAGAGCACCUGGCAGAAGAGGCUGGUGCCCCAGCAGGUUGUCAUACACCUGCUGCACCUGCAUGCUGACAUACCCGAGUCGUGCGUGCGCUACGUAGGUGGGCUGCUGGAUGAUGUCAUCAAAGUGGGACGUGAGGUGUGCAGCACAGGGGACGAGGAGAGUCUGAAGGUCGUCCAGGUGUAUGACGACCUGAGCAGGAAUCUCUGGGCUCUGGGUGGACUUCCUCUGUCCAUCACCUCAGUCCAGGGAGCACACCCUGCGCUCCGCUACACCCAGGUGUUCCCCCCCACGCCCCUGGUGCUGGACUACUCCGUCUUCGACAAAGACAAGCUGACCAAAUGCCUACUGCCUCAGGAAGGCAAGCCAUGUCCAGCCUACAUCACCCCGAUCAAAGUGAUCUGUCACAUGGAGGGCAGUGGGAAGUGGCCCCACGACAGGCAGGCCCUCAGUCACAUCAAGGCCGCCUUCCACGUCCAGCUGGGGGAGCUGCUGAGCGCGCAGCACCGCUACGUCUGCCGGCCCGCCCCCACCCACCUGGACGUCUGGAAGAAUGGCUUGCUGUUCCGCAUCCAGGUGGCGUACCACCGCGAGCCCCAGGUGCUGAGGGAGAGUGUGAGCCCAGAGGGACUGCUCGUAGUCAGGGAUAACGAGGAGGCCCAGGCCCUGGAGAUGGAAACCAUCCACAAACCCCUACUGACCAGCACCCUGCACGGGCUCCAGCAGCAGCACCCAUGUUUUGGGGCGGCGUGUCGUCUGGCCAAGCGGUGGCUGGGGGCUCAGCUCUUCAGCGAUGACAUCUCCGAGGAGACGGCGGACCUGCUGGUGGCGUCGCUCUUCCUGCAGCCCGCCCCCUUCUCGCCUCCUGGUUCUCCUCAGGUGGGCUUCCUUCGUUUCCUCCAUCUGCUCUCCUCCUUCGACUGGAGGAACAACCCCCUUGUAGUCAACCUAAACAACCAGCUAACUGCGGCCGACUACACUGAGAUCAAGAACGACUUCAUGGCCUCCAGGGAGUCCCUGCCCGUCAUGUUUUUAGCCACGCCCAAAGACAGGAAGUUGUCCAUCUGGACCAAGCAGGCCCCAUCUGUACAGAUGCUGCAGCGCGUGGUGAUGGUGGCCGCAGAGAGCCUCAAGGUCCUGGAGCCACAGCUGAUGGAUGCGUGUCAGGUACAGGACGUCAAGGUGGCCAUCCGCCCACCGUUGGACGCCUACGACGUCCUGAUCCACCUGAACCCCAAGCAGGUUCCCCUGCUAAGCCAGGCGGUGGACCUGCCCAGCGCUACCUUCAGCAGGGGAACCCUGUCGGGCAAAUCCCACCGACCUGGAGGGGCCAUGCCGGUCGUGGACUUCAACCCCGUCAGCUGCUACCUGAGGGAGCUCAGACUGGUGGGAAUGCGAAGACAAAGUCAUUGA